UCAUUUCAGAGGUCCCAGUAUAGUCAUGGAUCAACCCUCAUCGGCUAAAACAGCUCAAAAUGAGGCAGACACCAAUACUUUGGAUGUUUUAUCUCGCCCCAACUCACCAAUGCCACAUCACAGGCCAAGCCAUAGUGGAGUCCACCACCAUCAUGAGUCUCAUUACCAUGGUGAGUCCCACUACAAUGGUGAGUCCCACCAUCAAGGCAUACCCCACCAUCACGGUGAGUCUCACCAUCACAGUGAGUCUCACCACCAUAGAGAGUCCCACCAUCAUGGCAUAUCCCACCAUCACGGAGAGUCCCACCGCCACGGAGAGUCCCACCACCAUGAUGAGUCCCGCCACCAUGGUGAGGCCCACCAUCAUGGUGGAGCCCACCCUUUCACAUCCUUUGCCCUGUCUCCUUCUCGUGGCACUGUUCUUUCCCAUCAUUCCUUUGAUGAUGGUCACUUUGAUGGUGAUUACCACCAUGGUAGCAGGAGGCAUCAUGAUACACCUCUCCACCAUGAUGAUUCCUACCAGCAUGGUGGGCAAUCUCACCACCAUAGGGAGUCUCACCAUGAUGAUAGGUCUCACCGUCAUGGCAAAGUUUCCCACCAUAGUGGGCUCCAUCACCAAGGUAAGCCUUACAACCAGAAAGAUAGUGGCUCUCACCAUCCCAGUGAGGUCUAUCACCAUGGUAAGGACCAUCACAAAGUCCACCACCCCACAAAGUCUCUUCAUCAUGCAGAGACCCAUUCCCACAAUUCCUAUGCGGGGUCCUACCAGGAUCGCAUACCUCACAGCCACCAAACUGAGCACCACCAGGGCUACCACGGAGAACGCCACCAUGGCCACCAUGCAGAGCGCCGCCGUGGCAAGCACCACCACAAGGAGCGCCACCGUGGCAAGCACCAACAUGCUAUACAUCGUUAUGAUCCUCAGGGUGAUCAGCGCUACGGGGAGUACCAUCACAGUAGCUCCCAAGUCUUUGGCCCACACAGGUCUCACAGUGUGGCCAGACGCUCCCUCAUCUCUGUCCAUUCUCAUCUAACAAGCCUCCAGCCUAGCACGGCACACAUACAGUACUCAGGCUUCAGCUUGAGUCGUUCCCGCAGUGUAGUGCACUCGUAUGCAUCCCAGAUAUCCAACAAAGUCCAUCCUCAGGAUCUCUCCUCCACCACUUUCUCGGAAACCUGGAAAGAAGAAGAAGAAGAAGAGCAAUUGCAGAAGCGUAAAACCACCAGAGCUCAGCGGGCCCAUAAGAGGCUGCACACCAUGGACCUCUUCUACAGGCUGUGGGAAAAAUUAAGCUACUUCAUGCAGCGCCUCCGGAAAAUGCUUAGGAACCUGACUGAUUCCCUACCCUUUGAAGCUUUCAUCUUCUUCAUUGUCAGCCUCAACACUAUCAUGCUUGUGGCCCAGACCUUCGCUGAAGUCGAGGUCCGGGGUGAGUGGUUCUUCAUGGCCUUGGACUCCAUUUUCCUCUGCAUCUACGUAAUAGAAGCCGUGCUCAAGAUCCUUGCUCUAGGCCUCAAGUAUUUUUCUGACUCCUGGAACCUUCUGGACUUCUUCAUCAUGAUCAUGGCUAUUCUGGACUUCAUGUUCUUGCAGUUCAACACCUUCUCCUUUGUCUACCACCAAAGUGUCUUCCGGAUUUUCAAGGUCUUCAAGAGCCUGCGGGCCCUGAGGGCCAUCCGGGUCCUGCGGAGGCUCAGCUUCUUGACCAGCCUCCAGGAAGUGACCGGGACUCUGGUCCGGUCCUUGCCAUCCAUCACAGCCAUCCUCAUCCUCAUGUUUACCUGCCUCUUCCUCUUCUCCGUGGUGCUCCGGGCUCUGUUCCGUCAAUCUGACCCCAAGCGCUUCCAGAACAUCUUCACCACCAUCUUCACCCUCUUCACCAUGCUCACCCUGGACGACUGGUCCCUCAUCUACAUGGACAAUCGGGCCCAGGGAGCCUGGUACAUCAUCCCUAUUCUCAUGAUUUACAUCAUCAUCCAAUACUUCAUCUUCCUCAACCUGGUGAUUGCAGUCCUGGUCGAUAACUUCCAGAUGGCUCUGCUCAAAGGCCUGGAGAAAGUAAAGCAGGAGAGGGCCGCCCGGAUCCAUGAGAAGCUGCUGGAUGACUCACUGACAGAACUCAGCAAAUCAGAGCCUGAAGAGGUAGUGAGUGAAGGCACCAAACAGAAGCAGCUCAUUGAGAAGAAAUUUGGGACCAUAAGUGAGAAGCAGCAGGAGCUCCUGUUCCACUUCCUGCAACUGGUGGCCGGAGUGGAGCAUCAUCAACAGAAAUUCCGCUCCCAGGCGUCCGUCCUGGAUGAGAUUGUGGAUGCUGCGUUUGAGGUUGGAGACGAGGACUUCAGGAAGUGACCCCUGGAUGGAGAGAGACUCGGGAUGACGCCUUCGGCCUCUGGCAAGCUGCCCACCGGGGUGGGUCAGGACAAGUUUCCACAUCUGCUGGAAUGGGUUUCGGGCCCGCAGGGCUGGGCCCUAACAGAGUUUUAGAACCCCAAA